UAAACCCCUUUUUCCUUUUCUUUUCUUUUCUUGGAAAAAUAGAGCCAAACUAAAACCUCAAGCACAACAGCACACCUUCUUCCUCCUCGCUGCUUCUCUUCGUCACGGUCUCUCUCGCAGCGAAGCCUGUCUUCCCCCCACUAACAGUCCAGGCCACAGCCGCUCUCCCUCUCUUUCUCAGAAAAGUGAAGCUUCAAAGGCAUGGAGGACGCUACAAUUUCAAACGCAAGCUCUGAAGAUAGAGUAAAGGCAGAAGCUCCUCAGCUUGCUGCUGUGCUGAAAGAAAUGAAGGAAGGAUUAGAUACAGUGAGGAUCAAAGUCCAAGCUUUAACUGCAAAGGUGAAAUCAAAUAAUUAUCCAACAGUGGAAGGGAUAAGCUAUCUUGAAGCCAAGCAUUUGCUGCUCUUAAACUAUUGCCAGUCACUUGUCUAUUACUUGCUUCGCAAGGCUAGAGGGUUCUCAAUAAAUGGCCAUCCCGUUGUUCGGAGCCUUGUGGAGAUAAGGUUGUUUCUGGAAAAGAUUCGACCCAUUGACAAGAAGCUACAAUACCAAAUCGAGAAGCUCACCAAGGUUACUGCAAGCACAACUGAGAACGUACAGCCAGCUGAAAAGGAAUCACAAGCGGGUGUGCCUCAGCAAACAGACAAUUUGUUGAAAUAUCGCCCGAACCCUGACAUGCUUGUUAGCAAAGCAGAUGUGACUUCUAAGGAUGGUAAUGAUGUGUAUCGACCUCCCAAAUUUGCCCCCACUUCAAUGGAGGAAGAAAAGUUGUCAAAGCAGGACAAAAAUGCAUUGAGAAAGGAAAAGAAUACUCUACGACAAGCUAGGCAGAGUGCUUUUGUUAGGGAACUGGUGGAUGAUUUGGAGGGGAGGCCUGAAGAGAUUGUAGAAAGUGUUGGAGCUGAAAGUUUAGAACUAGCCAGAUACAGGGCAAAGAUGGAGGACCGUGCACGGCAAGAAGAGGAGCUUUUUAUGCGUGCUCCUAUUACAAAGAAGGAGAAACAGAGGGAGAAACACUUAAAGAAGUCAAGAAAUGGGUUGCUUGGUUUGACGGACAAUUUCUAUGAUGAAAUCAAAACUUUACCUUUGGAAGAUGAAAAUGAUGGGCAGAUUCCAAGCUUCAGUAGUGCUAGGGGUGGAAUGGGGGGAAGAAGACAUAAGAAGCGCAAGAUGAGGCGUUGAAGGAUAAGCCAGCCUCACAACUCCAACGAUUUCCUUGCUGACCUAAAUUCCUAUUGCUAUAGUCGCAUGAAAUGGCUUCCUUCGAAUCUGAAGUGUUUUUGUCCUUCUUUUGAGCGGCAGUUUCUGGGCUGAUUAGAGGAGGGGGGGAGUGAACAAGUAGGGGGGAAAUUUUGUUAUUUGGACCGACCAGAAUUAUUUGUUUUAAUGGGUAUUUUUUUUCUUCUAGAUAUGUAUGUUUCUGCAUUUGCAGAAAUCUGAAUGAGAUUAAUGGGUUUACAUA